CUAAAUUCUGGCGCUGUUUUUUUAGGUGGAGCGAUAAGAGUCCGCAACAACUGCGAACUCCUCACCACCACGACUACUUUGGAGAGAAUUCACUCUUGCCAGUGAACGAACGAUGGCUCAAGGAGAGAUCAAGUCGAAGCUGGGUUCGGCAAAGGGCAAAAAGCCAGGCGUCGACGCAAAGAAGGGUAAGCGCACAAUUGCGCCCAAGCGGAAAGACCUCGUCAAGAAUGCACGAAUGAUCAAGAAACACUCGGGUGGUCUUACGGCCAUGACUGAGAGAACGUUGGGCUCAAAGGCCGGACAUUUGGAGCUCUUGAAGGGCGGGAAGAAGAACAAGGACAUGAAGGCAGACGUGCCCAAGGGAGGGUCGAAGAAGUUUGGCUGAGCAGCUUUUCGGAUUUGGUGUGCGCCAUAUCUGUGGCCAUAUCCCAAUCACCGUCAGAAUGGUAUCACAGAUAAGCCCCAAGAGAGAGGUCAAGAAGACUUGGUGAUGAGAAAGCACAAGGCCCUGAUAAACCGAGGCAUCAAACCAUCCGAAAGACUACAGAGCAACGGGGCUGUUACCGCCGAGAACCUAUGCAUAACGCCCACUGCGAGAGAAUUGCAACCGAAUCGAACAAAAAGUCGGGUCUACACAGCUCUCAGUCAGCUCGAGGGAUUCGGUCCCGGGGUUCUCUGGUGCAAAAUAUAGUAGUUCGCAUCCACAUGGUGACGGAAUUGGUCUCCAUAAUAGCCUACAAUUUGAUCUAUAAUCCUUCAAUGCACACUAUCCCAAG